GUUGGAAUAUAAUUACUGAAAUCAGCAGGGUCUCUUGUGCAAACACCCCGUGCACAACCAAUUCCCCAUCGAGACAUCGGUCCGUCCGUACGAAUCCCUGCGCUCAACGCCGCACCGAACCUGACUCAGGCACUCACCGCUAUGGGCGGCGACCAUGGCGGUGGGCACGCCGGCGGUGACUUCCGCCAGAAGGUAUGGAGCAUGACGGGCGGACCCUACUGCCGCCCGGUCCACUGGCGCCGUAACACCGCCAUCGCCAUGUUCGGCGUCUUCCUCAUCUGCAUUCCCAUAGCCAUGAAGUCCGCCGAGCUCGAGCAACGCCCGCAUCACCCAGUCCGGCCAAUCCCAUCUCAACUGUGGUGCAAAAACUUUGGCAAGGAAUACUGAAGGACCUUCCAAGUAGCAUGAAGCGCGGACACCUUGCUUUUGCCUUCUUUUGAUUCUCUUUCUCUUUUGGCUCAAUCAUGUUAUAUGAGAAAUAAAAUAAAUAUUGGACUCAAAUAAGAAACCGGUGAUUCAAAAGCCUCUGAUGAAUUUACUUGUCCACGAAUUUUGGUUAUAUUUCUCUGCUAUUUUCUUUCUUAUUUGAUUCUCUGCUAUUUUCUCUCUUAUUUGAAACAACCAAUGACAAUGUUAUAAGUUUUGGUUAUAUUUCUA